AUGCCAAGCACCUCAACGCAUCCCACCUUUUAUGGAGACUACAUGAACAAAACACAAGCCAAAUGUGCCGCCAGCUUUUUGGGCAUUGGCUAUCAGCAUAAUAAAAUCACCAUCAACGAGACAAGCUCAUCUACCAUCUACUCGCUUAACUUCCUUAGUAUCUUUCAGGGACCACCCCAAUACGAGAUAAUCACCAUUGAAGACGCUGGACUUGACAAUGGAACGUGUGACCAACUUUUCUGGAUCAACUUCAACGGAAGAACCACUCCAUGUGCUACCAGCAAAACAACGUGCACAGUGUUUGCACCAGAUGUAGUCCCAUUUGAGCUCCUUGCUCCAUUUGGCACCUUCUCCAAAAACCUUGCGUAUAACCAUCCUGAUCUACUGUACAAAGGAUGGUGGUUGGCCUGUGCUAUUCAUCUUUCUGAGGCCCUGGUUGCACUGAAGUUGUGCAGUAACAAAGGCAUCAAGGACAUGUCCACUCGGUGCCUGUGGUUUAUCCAGACCUUUCUGUUUGGCUUCGCCUCCCUCCACCUGCUAAUUAAGUACGACCCAGAGCGUUCCAAGCAGGACUGACCUUACCAGGAGAAGCCUACAGAACAACACAUCUGAGUCUAGAGACCCCUUCUUGGGGCCUCAACUUCUUCCACUGUUCACUUUGAUUAUAAGAUCCUGCUGGAGAGCAUGAAAUGGAGCAAUACUCUUGAGCCUUUUCUUUAAUAGUGUUUCUUUUAAUAGAAUUCCAAAGACAUAUCUUUGAUAGAAACGCUAGAAAUUUUCUUACA